AUCUCGAGUUUCUAUUGGUGGUCGCUUCCCGUCAGGAAGCUUCGGUGACAUCACCCGCUUUCGCGUCGGUGCUGGCGGAUCACCCUCCGCUCCUCCUUCCCAAACUCUAGGGUUUCGUCGAUCAAAAUUAUCGCUCGAUUCUUUUGCAAGAGCAGUAUCUCACAGCGAAAUCAGCAAAGAGUUAUUUUAAGAAGAAGCUGGGGAUCCUGGUUUCCUGACUGAAACUCCUGAGUUCAGAUGGGAGCCUGCUUGGGAAAGGGUCGGGACCAAGGUGACUCUGACGACAUAGAUUUCAAAGCUGGAAAUGUGCAUGUAAUUACUAGCAAAGAGAACUGGGAUGAGAAGAUUGCGGAUGCAAACAAGGAUGGCAAACUAGUUGUGGCAAAUUUCAGUGCAUCUUGGUGUGGUCCAUGCAGAAUGAUGACACCUGUUUAUGCGGAACUGUCUGAGAAUUAUCCUUCUCUCGUGUUCCUGACAAUUGAUGUGGAUGAGUUGAUGGAUUUCAGUUCAUCAUGGGAUAUUCGUGCGACUCCAACGUUCUUCUUCUUGAAAGAUGGGCAGCAGCUGGAUAAGCUUGUUGGGGCCAACAGACCUGAACUUGAGAAAAAGUUAAAAAUGCUUGCUGAAUCCUCAUCUUAGUGCUCCAAGUGAAUCCAUCUGGCUAUUGAGAUGAUGAGAAAAAAGUCCCUGGCAUUUGUGUCCAUUGAUCCUAUUAUUUGGUCGAUAAGAUUUCCUUGUGUAUUUUUUCCUGUCUCUCGUACUCGGCUUCUCUAUUGGACUUGCUGUUCCCAGACCCGAUUGUACAGCCUGUUUUCUGUUGAUUUUGGUUCUUAAAGAACGUGUGGUGAAGUUUUACAAGUCCAAGUAUUUUCUCCCAAGAUGAAUGUGAACUGAAAGCAUAAAGAAGUCAUAUGUGCAUCUCACAACCAGGGACCUUAAACUGGCUUAAACCUCUGAUGUCAUGUACUUGAUUGGUGGUUAUCACUUUUCAAUGGCGGGGAAGGAAUGAAUUUGCUGUGUACAAUUA